AUGGAGACGGGCCUCAGCCACCGGUCGUUUAGGGAGAGCGUCAUGCCGGUCGCGCUCGCGCUCGCGGUGUGUCUCCGGGAGGUCGUCUGGAGCGACAGGCUCGACCCUUUUAACCACCACCCGUACUUCCCGGUAGGCGUCACGACCAUCUGGGACACAGUCCCGCUCUACGUCGCGACGCCCGACGACAAGCGCCAGGAGAGGCUCAUCUACCAGCCCAAGUACAAGAACUGCGUCUUCAAGUUCGAGGUCGCCGUCACCUUUUCCAUGCAGAUCGUCUACUUCAGCGGGCCGCACCUCGGCACCGCGAACGACAACGAUAUCUUCAACCAGGGCACGCGCCUCGGCCAGCACGUGUUCGAGCCCUACGAGUACGGCCUCGGGGACAAGAUCUACCAGACGGCGGAGCACAUCCUCGCGGGGCACCGCAACCCGCCCGGCGGGUCGAUCACCGACGCCCAACGCGACGAGAACGACAAGCUCGACUUCUGCCGGAGCAGUGUGGAGCGCGUCUUCGCCGCGCUCACCGACCACCGCGCGUUCCACAGUCGGCCUGGCUUUCGUGGGACCCUGGAAGCCCUUACCGCCUUUGCCUACAUCACCAUCCACGUUACCGCCGCCCUUUUCCGCCACCAGCCCUCCCGCCGGCCCGCGAAGCAUGGGCCGUGGUCCCAUGACUGGCGCUGA